UGCUUCAUAUCUUUUCAUUACAUAUUAUGUCAAAUGUUAACAUGCUAUUAUUAGACACAUAAUAUGUAUUUUUAUUGUUACACGUGAUUAUUCUUAAUUCAUUGAUAUUAGUUUUAUUUUAUACGUGUUAAUUCGGUAAAUCUCUUGGCACUUAGCAAUAGAUAAUGUUUCAUAUAUCGAUGUCGUAACGCGAUCCUGUGAUGCACACGACGUAUGCAUAAUUUGCUCCUUCUCUUGUUAAUUUUGCGUGGUUGUGUUGCGACAGAUCGACAUAAUUGUCAUUUAUUCAGGCGUAUGUAGGUACUGUUGCGUAACGAAAGUCGGAAUUAAGAUAGGAGAAUUUUUAUACACGUGAACACGUAGUUCCAUUCGGCGUACCCAAUGCAGCCCGGCGGCUCUGAAACUGAUGAACUGCAGCAGACUCCGCAAUACAUCCCCGGGCCUCCACAGUUGCCGGCUUUAGUCAAAGGGCAGAAAUUGAAGAGCGGGCCAUACACCAUCACGGUGACCGAUGAGAUGGUAGCACGGAGAGAAAAGGAGAAUCUAGAGCUUUACAAAGCUUGGGUGCACGAACAACGUAGGAGAAACAUGCUGCCUGAGGAAGAUGCGGAUGAGUACAUAGGUGACUUCAAGCAGGCGAUGAUAAGAAGGAGCUUCGUUCGCAAAGUAUUCUGCCUCCUCACGUUGCAGCUGAUUCUCACCAUUUGUAUCGUAGCCAUCUUCAUGUUUGUGCUGGACGCACAGAAGUUCAUGAUAUUACAUUGGUACUUAUGGAUUGUCGCCAUGAUCUUAUUCAUGAUCACCUAUUGUGCUGUAUCCUUCUCCGUGCACGCCAGACGAACACCUCCAUACAAUUACAUAUGUUUGUUUCUGCUGACAAUAGCAAUGUCCUACUUGGCUGCGUUCGUCUCCGUGUUUUAUAGUGUUGAAAUGAUCCUCAUUGCUUUGGGUAUGACAGCUAUGGUCACAAUAAUAAUAACUUUCAUAGCAACAUUCUCCAAGUUUGACUUGACAAUGAGAGCAGGCUUACUGAUGAUAUUCGGACUGGUUGCUGUUGUCUCUAUCUUCACAAUGAUAAUAAUUUUGUUGUUCACUUACAUAAGUGUCUUACGUCUGCUAAUUUCAAUCAUUGGAACACUGCUGUUAUCUAUGUAUCUGUACUUUGAUGUACAAACUAUCAUGGGUGGACGCAGAGUGGAACUAUCGCCUGAUGAAGUCGUUUUCGCAGCUACGCAAAUUUAUGUAGACAUUGUACUGUUGUAUCAAUAUUUAUUAAUGUUUAUGGGUUUCUUUCAUGAUGCAUAACAGUCUUAAGAUAUAAUGUAUACUAUAUUGAUAUAUAUUUACAUUUUUAUUUGUAUC